GCACACGGGCCGGCCGGGAUGAGCGCCCGGGCCCCGGCUCGCCCCGACCCGCCGGCCGCGAUGCUCGCUCCCCGAGCCCCCGGCGGCCCGCGCCCCUGCUAGGCUGCGGCGGCAUGGCCCGCGCGCCCGGCGCCACCUCUGCGGAUUGCAUCGCUGUGCGGCGGCGGGGCAUGCCCAGGGCACCGGGCACGGCCUUCAAUGGGCGAGGACACGGACACGCGGAAAAUUAACCACAGCUUCCUGCGGGACCACAGCUAUGUGACAGAAGCCGAUAUCAUCUCUACCGUGGAGUUCAACCACACCGGCGAGCUGCUGGCCACUGGCGACAAGGGUGGUCGCGUGGUCAUCUUCCAGCGGGAACCAGAGAGCAAACACGCACCUCAUAGCCACGGCGAGUAUGACGUCUACAGCACGUUCCAGAGCCACGAGCCUGAGUUCGACUAUCUCAAGAGCCUGGAGAUCGAAGAGAAGAUCAACAAGAUCAAAUGGCUCCCGCAGCAGAACGCGGCCCACUCCCUGCUGUCCACCAACGACAAAACCAUCAAACUCUGGAAGAUCACCGAGCGGGACAAGAGGCCCGAGGGUUAUAACCUGAAGGACGAGGAAGGAAAGCUGAAGGACCUGUCCACGGUGACAUCACUGCAGGUGCCCGUGCUGAAGCCCAUGGACCUGAUGGUGGAGGUGAGCCCCCGGAGGGUCUUCGCCAAUGGCCACACCUACCACAUCAACUCCAUCUCCGUCAACAGCGACUGCGAGACCUACAUGUCGGCUGACGACCUGCGCAUCAACCUGUGGCACCUGGGGGUCACGGACCGCAGCUUCAACAUCGUGGACAUCAAGCCGGCCAACAUGGAGGAACUGACCGAGGUGAUCACGGCAGCCGAGUUCCACCCACUCCACUGCAACCUGUUUGUGUACAGCAGCAGCAAGGGCUCCCUGCGCCUCUGCGACAUGCGCGCGGCGGCCCUGUGCGACAAGCACUCCAAGCUCUUUGAAGAGCCCGAGGACCCGAGCAACCGCUCCUUCUUCUCGGAAAUCAUCUCCUCCGUGUCGGACGUGAAGUUCAGCCACAGCGGCCGCUACAUGCUCACCCGGGAUUACCUCACGGUCAAGGUCUGGGACUUGAACAUGGAGGCAAGGCCCAUAGAGACAUACCAGGUCCAUGACUACCUUCGGAGCAAGCUCUGCUCCCUGUACGAGAACGACUGCAUCUUUGACAAGUUCGAGUGUGCCUGGAACGGCAGCGACAGCGUCAUCAUGACCGGAGCCUACAACAACUUCUUCCGCAUGUUUGACCGAAACACCAAGCGAGACGUCACGCUGGAAGCCUCACGGGAGAGCAGCAAGCCGAGGGCCGUGCUCAAGCCGCGGCGCGUGUGCGUGGGCAGCAAGCGGCGGCGCGACGACAUCAGCGUGGACAGCCUGGACUUCACCAAGAAGAUCCUGCACACGGCCUGGCACCCGGCCGAGAACAUCAUCGCCAUCGCGGCCACCAACAACCUCUACAUCUUCCAGGACAAGGUCAACUCGGAGAUGCACUAGGUGUGCGAGGGCAGCUCAGAGCGGCCCUGGCGGGGGCAGUGGCCACUGGGCCUGGCCCCCCAGCUCUGGAGAGGCCAGCCGGCCUGUGCUGGUCAUGGCCUGCUUCCAAGGAGGGGAGCGGGCUCCCCGGCGCCCCCAGGUGGGCCGGAGGGGGCGCCACCCUGCGGCUGGGUUCUUUCUGCACAGGCUGGGGAUGGGACCGCGGGGUCCCUCUUUCCCUCCCGCAGCUGCUUCCAGGGCAGGUGCCCUGCACCUCCACCUCCCGGGCUCCUGGGGGCUGACGGCAAGGCUCGGACAAGCCAUAUUCGUUUGGUUAGAGGGGAGCACGGA